AUGCUCUCCGAUACCAGUGUAGCUUUGGAGCAGCAGAUCCUUGCGGGUUUUGGUUCUGUAGAUUUGUGUGGCACCCACCCGCCAGUAGUGAUGUCGAAGGUCCCGUUUCUCCCACCAAGCUGUCCUGUAAGACUAGGCUACUUUCCCGAAACUCUGGAGGGGCAGUUACUGAGGCACACCGUGGAGGGAAAUGUCAGAGAAGCCAAGAUUCUGCUGAAGAGAGGUAUAGAUGUAGACUGCCACAGUGCAGCAGGACAGACUGGUCUGUAUCUUGCUGCCUUGUUGGGACAUGCCGCUGUGGUUGAGAUCUUCUUGCACUUCAGUGCUAAUCCCAAUCACCGUUGUUAUGAUGGUAGCACCCCAGUCCAUGCAGCUGCCUUCUCUGGCCACCAAAGACUUCUUGAAAGCAUUCUACAAGCUGGAGGUGAUUUAAGAUUCCAUGAUGAAAGGGGCCAGACCCCCAAAGACUGGGCUGAACAAGUUGGAAUUGAGCAGAACACUGAGGUCAUAGACUUCAUACACCAGUGCUAUAGCCAUAUGGUUAUGCUGGUCCAUCAUCAGUUGCUGUUCUCCAAAGGGUCAGGAGCAUCUCCACGGAGCCUGUAUUCUUCUUUCAGAUCACACUUGUCUACCUCCUUCUGGUCUCUGGACAGCCCCAGGCUGUUGGGAAGCACAAAGGAGCCGGCUAUUGGAUAUGGACAACCCUGCCUAAGUAAGCACCAACAGGCUGUGACUGCUGCCUUCACGUUUAUUGCAGACAGCAACGAACUCAUGCGAGGCAGUGGAGAACCAGACUGGAGCUAUCCAAAUGGACCAUACACCUUCAUGAAGAACUUGCUAUGGAACGGGCAGUUUGUCACUGUGCGAAGCUUAAAGCCAGAGCUGCACUCCAGCUGCAAUAAACUUCGUGGUGCGAUGGACUUGCUGCUAGCAGAACAAGAAUACUGCAGCCAGCUCCACCACCCCCACCUUUUGCUUCUCUUGGCUGUGAGCCCCUCCCUGGAUUUGCAAGGUCUCCAGCUUGUCUAUGAGAGAGUAGAGAUGUGCUCCCUCUACUAUGCCUUGCACUGUGAGAAUGCUGGCUCUCCAGCACCCUCCACAACACUGUGCCUCCUGCUGCAGAUCUGUGAAGCUCUCCUGUUUCUGCAUUUUCGUGGUUAUAUCCACCGGGCUGUAACUUCCCAUGCAGUGCAGCUGGUGAGACCUGGGCUGGCCAAGCUCAGCAACCUAGAAUACAUGCAGCAGAGGAUGCAGAAAGUCAGCGCAAACUGGCCAAUCCCACCUCCCCCACCUCUCUACAACUGGCUGCCCUUGGAAGUCAUUAGGCAGCGUCUGGCCUCGGUGACCUCUGACCUCUACAGCUUCUGCACUGUUAUCCAGGAGAUCUUCACAGGUGAAGUCCCCUGGCAUGGAUUGGAUGGCCUUGCUGUGAAAGAGAAGAUGGAGUCAGGGCAAGCUCUGCUGGCUGAUAGCCAAAUUCCACAACCUUUCUACGAGAUGAUCAAGAGUGGCCUGGGUUUGAAGGAACAGGACCGGAUGGGCACUUUUGUUGACAUCCGCUAUGUUUUGCGGGCAGCUCAACAGGAUGCUGCAGGGAAGUCUCCCAUGUUUUCAUCAGCAGGAGCAUCUCCCAAAAAGUUUUGUAUAUGGGCAGAUCAGACUCAGCCGGGUGGUGACUCAUCCUUCCCAGCCAUGCCUGAAGAGCCAGCCUAUUUUAAGGUGGAGUCCGCCGGCAGAAGUGCAGGACCAAGCAUACAUCCCCAGAGCAAGACAUCCGUGCAGGUUCAAGUAAUAGAAGACCCAGGCUCAACAGUGCUGCUUUCUAGAGUGCAGGAGGAAGAUGGCCAACAGCCCAGCGGCCCCUGCACAUCCUCUCUAGGGCAGAAUAAGAGAUCCGCUUGCAACAUUACAUCGGACCCAGAGAGCAGCGGUGACGAGUCUGUUGAGUUUGACAGGAGACGUCUAGGAACUGCAGAUGUGGUAUAGUCCCAUCA